CCCAGGUCCCUCCCGCCGCGUUGCCGGGCAGCGGGGCCGCGGAGCGGGGCAGGAAAAUUCACGUGAGAAAGCCACCUGCGAGGUCCUUGUGACUGGACACCAUGCCUCUUCCAGAAACCAUGUUCUGCGCUCAGCAGAUCAAAAUCCCUCCGGAGCUACCUGAUAUUCUGAAGCAAUUUACUAAAGCUGCUAUUAGGACUCAGCCUUAUGAUGUUUUGCAGUGGGCUGCUGCGUAUUUUUCAGCCUUGUCUAAAGGUGAACCCCUUCCUGUGAAGGACAGGCUUGAAAUGGCUUUAGCAACAGGGAAAACAGGAAUUGGUUUGACCCCAGGACUCCUUAAAGUCUUGCACAAUCAGCUUUCUUCCAAAGACACGGUGAUGGUUGCUGAACUGGAAGAAAAAUGGAAGGAUUUGGGCUUGCCAGAGGCACAGCUGAAAGCUAUCCUGCAACUGGACAGUUUUGGCGAGGAGGUGGAAUGGAUGAAGUUUCUGGCACUUGGGUGCAGUGUGCUUGGUGAGUCCUUACUGAGUUCAAUGAARCAGGCCUGCGAAAUCUUAACAACCGACCCAGAAGGCGGAGCAGCUCGAAUUCCCUUCGAAACAUUCUCGUUCAUUUAUUCAUAUUUGGCCCGUAUUGAYGGAGAGAUAUCAGAGACAGAAACUGAAGAAUUCCUUGAAGGAAUUAAAACACAAGCGGAUGAACACUCUGGCAUGGUACUGAUUAGACACUUCCUGCCAUACUCCUUCAUAUUUUAUUGAUCAACCCUACUCUUCAGCAUGAGAYGAGAGGAAGAAAAAAUGGAAUAAAUAAGUUCAAGAAAAUAAUUUGUGUUCCAAGUAUCAUAAUUUUCAUGUAUCUGUACAUGAUCCUCUUCUCUGGCAUUUCCUUUACUUUGUCCUACUCUUUAGAUGGCACUUCAGAGAUGUUAAUUGAGAGCAUSGUUGUACUGUUCUSCUGCCUYUCAAAUACUGACACCCCUAGGGAGUGACCCCUUCAUGCAUCUGCUUAAAUUGAACAAAAGUUGUUUUGUUACCAAGCUUCCUAGCUACAUUAUGAGCUAAGUAAAACAUGGAAUUCAGUUAAUACUGGGCAGCUAUAACUGGAGCAUUUCUGAUURAGCUUCUGGUAGCAUUGACUUCAUUUUGACUCUUGCACUAAUACAGCUGGUCCUUGGGUUACCUCGUCAGCCUGGACAUCUUCUAUUUUAACAAACUCUUUUACCAAGCCCUACUGAAAGAACUUAAUGAGAACUCUGUGGCAGAACAAAACCAGUGCAAGAGAGGACUGCAAUGGUUCCAUAUUAUUUUCCCUCUAAUUAGAACCCUUUCAGAACUUAAAUACCUUUUUCCAUUCUUAGAUAAACUUGUCUA